UCCGAUGUUUAUCCCCCUCUUUUCUCUCUCCAUAUAAUCGAUCACCUCUUGUAGAAAGAUAACAUGGCUGCACCAGAGACAAUUGGCGCCAGGCAUGAAAGAUGGUCUCUGAAGGGGAUGACUGCUCUCGUAACUGGUGGAACUAAAGGCAUCGGACAUGCAAUAGUAGAAGAACUAGCAGGAUUUGGAGCAGCUGUUCACACUUGUUCUCGCAACCAAACGGAGGUUGAUCAACGUUUGCAAGAAUGGAAAAGCAAAGGUUUUACUGUAACCGGGUCUGUAUGUGAUGUGUUACACAGAAACCAAAGAGAAAAAUUGAUGGAAACUGUCUCUUCUCUCUUCCAUGGGAAGCUCAAUAUCCUUGUGAACAAUGCUGGAACGGUUAUACUUAAAAAUACCACAGAUUUUACAGCAGAGGAUAUCUCGUUUAUAAUGGGUACCAAUUUUGAGUCUUCUUAUCAUCUAUGUCAACUAGCACAUCCUCUUUUGAAGGCUUCAGGAAAUGGAAGCAUUGUAUUUGUAUCCUCAGUUUCUGGUGUGAUUGCAUGUCCAUUGGUUUCAAUCUAUGCAGCAACUAAAGGUGAGUCCGCUUGUACAUAAAGGGCACAUUUUUGAUGAA